AAAUCUAUACAUUUGUUAUCACACAUUUUAAAUUAGUUGAUAGCCCUUCCCCAAAAAGUAUCAUCACAUUAUAGUUUCAACUCUUAACCCCCUGCACUGCACAUGUCACACGUGUUGCACAAAUCUGGUUAUCCUAUAUAUCUUCUUUAUUCUUAGCCUCCCAAUCACAAUUCCUAGUUACAAGGCUCUCCGGGAAACCCUCAAGAGGCCUCUCCCUUGCCAGAAAACUCUUUAUUUCACUGUUAAUAUUUAUAAUCAUUUUAAUUUUAAGUUAUACAUUGGAGGGAAUGUAACAUCUUCAGUCUUCAGAAUCUCUUCGGCUUUGUCUUCUUCGCUGCCCGGCUUAAUAUUGGUUAUGAUAUCUACGGGUCGGCGUCAACCACCGAGCCGAAGCUCUUCAAAUGCCAUCGGCUUCCCUCGGCUCAGAUAUGUCAGGUACCGCCGAUUGAGGUAAAUUCAAAGAGGAAAGAACAAAAAAAUACUCGUGAGUAGAACAGCACAGCCAAACAACGUCGGAAGGGGGAACAAACUUCUGAAAUUUCAACUCUGCCCUUUUUUAAUUUUGUGUAAAUAUUUUGUUUAUUUUUUUUAAGUUUCCCUGGGCUUGUAAUCCAUAAGGGCAGUUUUCCAUGCCAGUCCCCAAGAGCCACCGCACCGGUCCGAUGGAGAACUAUCACCGGAGAGAAAGAUCUUCGUCUUUCCACGGCCAGAACGCCGCGUCCAUCGCUCAACUUCGCCGUCCGAAGACCGUUUCUGACCUUAUGUCCCUCAGAAACGGCGCCGUUCCGGCGCCGGAGGGCCUGCCGAGACAGCCGCCGAAGUUGCUGCUGAAGGUGACGGUGCUGAGGAGCCUUGCGCCCGUGCAGGUUCUGAUGAGGCCGGAAUCCACCGUCGGCGAACUCAUAGCAGCGGCGGUGCGGCUGUACGUCAAGGAAUGUCGCCGUCCAGUCUUGGCGACCAAUGAAGCCUCCGAAUUCGACCUCCAUUAUUCACAGUUUAGCCUAGAAAGUUUGGAUAGGGAGGAGAAGCUGAUAGAACUUGGAUCUAGAAACUUCUUCCUGUGCCCGAGAAAGGCUAGCAUGGAAGGUAACAGGGGCGGUGGCUUAACGACGUCGUUUGCUUCCUGUGCCAAAGAGGCUGAUAAAGUGAGCGAUGGGUGCGGAAGGGGUGGUUUUGCUUGGUUCAAACUCAUGCAUUUCAUGCUGUAAUUGGUUGUUUGUUGCUUGUAAAAGUAGGUGGACAGGUAGGGGCAGGGCAGAGUUUGAGAUUUGUGAAGAAGCAAAGCAAGUCUUAAACAUUGCACGUGAUUUUUAAGCACAUACAUGAUGUAAUCUUAAGCUCUUUUGUUUGUAAAAUUGUAAAAACUGCGUGUGUAAUCUUUUAAAACAGUUUAAUUUGGUCCUUUUUGUAUAAAUUAUUUCUCCUUUUC